CUCUUGUAUACCCUCCAUUCUGUCCCGAGCACAUUUUGACCGACAUGAGAUUGGAACUGCUGCUUACCGCCCUCGUUGGCGCCUGUCGCGUUCAGGCUGCAGCGGUGUUCGCCCAUUUCAUGGUGGGAAACACGGCCGAGUACAGCGACGAUACUUGGCGAACGGACAUACGGCUUGCCAAGGAGGCGCACAUCGACGCUUUCGCGCUCAACAUGGCGCAUGGCGAGUCCGUGAACGAGGCGUCACUCGAGAAGGCCUUCCGCGCUGCCGGGAACGAGGGCUUCAAGCUUUUCUUCUCCUUCGACUAUGCUGGCCGUGGACCCUGGCCCAAAGACACCGUUGUUGCUUACUUGAAGAAGUACGCGUCUAGGGCUGAGUACUUCAAGCACAGCGAUGGGAAGCCCCUCGUGUCCACCUUUGAGGGCCCUGGAAGUGCCCAAGACUGGAUCGAUAUCAAGAAGCAGGUCGGCUGUUUCUUCAUCCCCGACUGGUCGUCCGAGGGUGCCGAGCCCGCCCUGGCGCUGGCGGGUGGCGUGGCUGACGGUCUCUUCAACUGGGCCGCUUGGCCAUGGGGCGCGCAGGACAUGGAUACCUACGUCGAUGCUUCUUACAUGCAUUACCUCAACAAGAAGCCCUACAUGAUGCCGGUCUCUCCGUGGUUCUAUACCAAUAUGCCUGGUUACAACAAGAACUGGAUGUGGCGCGGCGACGACAUGUGGCAUAACCGCUGGAUCCAAGUUGUGUAUAACAAGCCCGAAUACGUCCAGAUCAUCUCGUGGAACGACUACGGCGAGUCCCACCACAUCGGCCCUGUGUAUGACCACGCCAUGGAGGCGUUCACAGUCGGCAAGGCCCCAUUCAACUACGCCACCGGCAGGCCUCACGACGGAUGGCGCCUGACGCUGCCCUUCUGGAUCGACUACUACAAGACCGGCAAGGCCACCGUUACGCAGGAGGGGCUCGUCACUUGGUAUCGCACAAGCCCGUCCGGCGCCUGCUCCAACGGUGGUACCAUCAUGCAGGACAAGCUCUUCUUCUCGGCCGUCCUCGCUGCCGACGCCGAGGUGACAGUCACAGUCGGUGGCAAGGUCUUCUAUCCGACGUGGUCCUCGACCCCCGACGGCGGCGUCGGUGUCUACCACGGCAGCGUCGACGUCCGGGGCGUAACCGGAGACGUAAGCGCCCGACUGUGGAGGCGCGGACAGGCCUUGGCGGCGGUCGAGGGUGUGGCCAUCAGCGCGGCGAGCUGUCACGACGGGCUCACCAACUGGAACCCCUGGGUCGGCAGCGCGACGUCUCGUGGCGCCGUCUCCGCCACGACGCCGCGCUCGCGCGGAGAACAGGGCUGCAUCAAGGGCACCGGUGCCCCGGGCUUCAAGGAGCUGUGCGAGUUCAACUGCCAGUACGACUACUGCCCGGUGUCCUCCUGUCUCUGCCAGGCCGUGGGGGCUCCGAGACCGAAGCCGGUCGAGCUGCAGAAGAGCGGCUACCCGGCCGCCGGCAGAAGCGAGAACUACUCCGGACUCUGCUCGAACGCCUGCAACCUCGGGUUCUGCCCGCCCAAGUAUUGCUCCCCCACCGUGCAACCGUUGAUCGUGCCGACCGUCUCCGAAUUCCUCCCGCCGGCCUGCCAGAAGGGCGUGGCUCGCGCCGAGUAUCCGGGCCUCGGGGGCCUGUGUUCUUACGCCUGCAACUUUAGCUUCUGCCCUAUCCAUGUUUGUCAGUGUACCGUCCAAGGCGCGCUGACACGGCCGCCGCCCCAGAAGCCCGGCCUUACGGGAAAGCCGAAAGGGGGCGUCAAUGACGAAUACCUGUGCAACUUCGCUUGCUCUCGCGGCUAUUGUCCCGACAACUGCGUGCUUGGCUCUUCUGAUCCUGCGCCGGAGCCUGCACCGGAGCCUGCGCCGGACCCUGCAGACGAGUGUCGCCAAAGUGACAACACAUUCUUUGCCGAGACCAUGAGAACCGGCAGCCAUUAUCCCUGGUAUCUACUUGACGCCGAAUCCACAAGCUCCAAGGAAUACCAGUACAUCACGAUUGUCAACCUGACGCCCUACCGUUUCAAGUACCUCAAGGACAGCUCCAAUUUCCACCAAAUACGUGCCGACUUUGACGACAUCCCUCCCGGCCAUGCCCGCCAGUGUGUCAUGGAAUAUGCCGUGUCGGGAGCCUCUAGGGUUGACGACAAGGGAGAGGCGUACUACGAGGUCGUAGGCACCGCCCGGCGGUUCAACAUCAAGGCGAGAACCCAUAUCCCACACCAGUAUCCGCGCCGCACCAUCGUCGAUCUCGACGGCUGGGGAUUAGGCGCGAGGGAGUACGAGGACCCGGAUACGCAGGCGUCGGUCACCUUCGUGAUCACAGGCAGCGAGUCGUACGGCUACCACCACUCUAUGACCUGGGGUAGCUCGAGCGACAACUGGAUGAACUCGAUCCGUGACUCCAUAAAGAACAGGAAGCUGAAGCACGUGGUGAUGCCGGGCACCCAUGAUUCCGGCAUGAGCAAGAUUGGCAAAUACAAAUGGGGAGGAACCGAAGCCAACACUCGGACACAAGGCGGCGGUAUCUACACGCAGCUCCGAGCCGGCGCCCGAUAUUUCGACCUGAGGCCUGCGACGGUACCGGCGGACGGUGGGUUCCACCUCUUCCACGUCGUCGAUUGGGACGCUCUUGUGGUACUUGGGGCCUCCGGCGUCACUCUCAACGAAGUGGUUGAUGACGUGAACAAGUUCACCUCUGAAAGUCCAGGAGAGGUCAUCAUCUUCUGGUUGGGCAACAUUGCGCAGUAUAUAGGGCCGUCGAAGGGCGGCCAUUCCAUCAACAAGGAGCAGACGGACGAGCUCUUCGCGAUGCUCGAGAAGAUCAACAACAGGUGCCCCGACCUCGGCAGCUCUCCAAAGUUCGGCGAUAGGAAGAUGGAAGAGUUCAUGUCCACGAACAACGGCCGGGGCUGCGUCCUCAUCAUGGUGGACCAUGUCGUAGCGGAGGGGGUCGCUGGGGACAAGACGACCGAGGGCAUCUAUCGAGCCCGCAACCACUUGGACUUCGACAACUACUGGGCGGAAGCGAGGACGGUGGAGGAGGUGAUUGGAAAGCAGGUGGCGUCUUUCACGAAAACCAUCCGGCAGCGCACAGACAACAACACGGACGAUGUCCUCACCGUCGCGCAGUUCCAGCUGACGCCCGAAUUGCUUACCAGCGACAGGUACGGUCUGGAAGCCAUUGCCGUCCUCCCGACCAACCCGGCUUUGUACUAUGGUGCCGUGCCGGCCAUGAGCCCGAACUUCUACCCGAGCGUCUUCAUGCAGGACUACUUCGGUGUCCGGCUUCCUAAGGCGCACGAUUGGGACUCGCUUGGCGCCGAGGCGCGGGUGUUGGCCCUGGGCCUCAACCUGUACAUGGCGAGCGAGAACUGCCUAGUCAGCCCGGGGAGGAACCCUCUAUUCAAGAAGUCAUCGAAGCGGAGACCGGCACCAUGGAACGGCAUCAUUUUUGCCAACGGCACCGUCAUGAACAGCCGGCCGGCACACUACGACCCUUGGCGCAACCCCGUGCUGAGGGCUGGGACGGUGUUCGGCAAUGGCACUGUGCUUACGAGGAACAUCACCAACCCGUUCCACUGAUGAGAUGGAUGAUGAUUGUACUGGUAGCCACUUUGAGGUCCUCACUGCGUUCUGUUACGCGUGUUUGGCUCUCUGCGGUAGUUGGGAGGGUGGUGUUAAGCUUCGGUUCUGUAUGUUAAGGUCAUGUAGGAUAUAACUAGUGAUGAACUUCGUUGCGUACACGUCAGUUGGAG